UGUCUCCUCGGACCCUCUUUCUUGUCGUACUGUGAUUUGUUAAGCUGAACUGAUUCUCCUUCUGGUGCUGACUUUUUGUUUAGUAUUACGUUACAUCUAAAGUAUAGUUUGUCCGUUUAGGCUCUUACGACAUGGCAGGGAAUUUCUGGCAAAGCUCACACUAUUUGCAAUGGGUUCUGGACAAGCAGGACCUGAUGAAGGAGCGACAAAAGGACCUCAAGUUUCUCACAGAAGAGGAGUACUGGAAGCUGCAGAUAUUCUUUGCCAAUGUCAUCCAGGCACUGGGAGAACACCUGAAGUUAAGGCAGCAGGUUAUCGCUACAGCAACGGUGUACUUUAAACGCUUUUAUGCCAGAUAUUCCCUGAAGAGUAUAGAUCCAGUGCUAAUGGCCCCUACUUGUGUUUUUCUAGCCUCUAAAGUUGAGGAAUUUGGAGUUGUUUCCAACACUAGGUUGAUCAGUGCUGCAACAUCAGUAUUGAAAACCCGGUUUUCCUAUGCCUUUCCCAAGGAGUUCCCAUACAGAAUGAAUCAUAUAUUGGAGUGCGAGUUCUACCUACUGGAGUUGAUGGACUGCUGCCUCAUCGUGUACCACCCCUACAGACCCCUCCUGCAGUAUGUACAGGACAUGGGGCAGGAGGACAUGCUGUUGCCUCUGGCCUGGCGAAUAGUGAACGACACAUACAGGACAGACCUGUGUCUCCUCUAUCCACCCUUCAUGAUUGCACUAGCCUGCCUGAAUGUUGCCUGUGUGGUACAGCAGAAGGAUGCCAGACAGUGGUUUGCUGAGCUCUCGGUCGACAUGGACAAGAUCCUUGAGAUCAUCCGCGUGAUCCUGAAGCUGUACGACCAGUGGAAGAACUUUGACGACCGCAAGGAGAUGGCCGUGGUUCUCAACAAGAUGCCCAAACCCAAGCCCCCUCCCAACAGUGAGAACGACCAGAGCUCCAACGGAAGUCAGAGCAACUCUUACGGCCAGUCGUAGGCCCAACACUUACCGAGCAGCCUCCAUUUUGUACUGACCGGCGGCCAUUUGCAAAAUGACUUCCAACAUCACUUUUGAGAGGGCAAGCCGCUGGGACAUUCUGCGUUUAAACUAGAGGUAUUCUCUCAUGGACACACCCCCUCUCUCUCCCUCUCUAGCAUAACCCCUUAGCUAGCACAUAUCCCCCCUAUCCCGCCCUCCUUCUCUUUCUGAAGUGGUCACAUGUUCAAGAACCAGCCAGCGAAUAGGGUGUCUCUGGACGAUGCCAUUCCCCCCCCCCCCCCCCCCAGAGACUGACAGCAAUAGUAGGCCAUGAGGAAGAGCACUUCUAGUUCAACAUAGAUGGGGGGGCGGGGAAACGGGGAAACGUUUGGGUGGACACGCCUGUGAUAGAAGCGUUUGGACAAACAGUGGGUGUUAUGCGAUGUAUGUGUAUGCAUAGUUUGUGAUUUAUUCCUGACAGUCUUGAACGGUCUCAGGGAGCGCGUCGUUGUGAUUGGGGUGCUCCGUGGGAUCACUGAAAAAAAAAAAAAA